UAUCGUCAAGGCAAUAGAAUAUUUCAGCGUCGGUGAAGAAAUUGAAAAACAAAACGUUCGUUACCCAGUUGAAAGAAAAAGAUUUUUCAUAAUCAUUCAAGUGUAUAUUGAAAAUUAGCAUUAUUCAAUACUGAUAUUUAUGUUACUUUGGACAUGUUCAAAAAUGAAUCGUACAAACUUAUCGCAUUUGUUUAAGAUUAUGCAGAUUGAUCUUUGGCGAUAUUAAAGGAAUAUUACAGACCUAAGGCAAGUAAAAUGAAUAUUGGUGGAAUUAUCGCCGGUUUCCUUGUGCUGCUAUCUCUUGCAUGGCAUAUCACAUGCAAGGACACAUAUGACAUUCCAGUUGCCAUCAAUGCUCUGAUACAGGAUCCCGACAAAGUAGACGAAACAGAAAAAUUCUUUUAUGAUCAGGAUAAAGACUUCUAUUCUAAAGUCACACCAUUUGAUGUGGCUAAAAAUGCAGAACAAUCUGUUGAACAAACGAUAAGCAAAAAAAUCAAAGUUCUUUUCCUAACGUUUGCCUCUUCUCAUAUUUCAAAUCCGUUGAGCCUGAAGGAUCUAAAAUACACAACAAAAAGCAACUGGUCUUAUACGAUAAGUGUGAAGAGCAUCUUAAAUGCAUCGAAUGGACAACUCGUAGAUAUCAGUGGGCAAACAGUUAUUUCCAAAAUACAAGAAAAUGCUAUGAAAGUUUUGGGAAAACGAUAUCAGUUUAACAGUGAUGACAUUAGGAACAAACUAGGCCUUGGAAAAAUGGCCUACUUUGCAGCGGAUGAGAAGAUAUGGAUCAAAGUGGUUGGAAUUAUCGUUGAAAACGUGAUUGCGGUUAGAAAUGAAGCUUUAAAUUUGACAACGUGUUAUUUAGCUGAGAUGAUUGGAAAAACGGCGUCCCAAAUACAAAAAUUCACAUUGAACGAGGUUGACAUGUACUUGUACAAUACAACAAAGUUGUUGGAGAAGCUACCUGAAUAUAAUGAGAAUGUAAUAAUACGUCUCUAUCAAACAUUUAAUAUUACCCCCACAUUCCUGGCAAGAAUUAGCAACACAGAAUUGUCGAAUAUAAACGCUAUGAUGAUGAAAGACGUAUUAAAUCUCUUUACAAACAGUGUGCUGAAGACUCUCCGGGUAAAUGCAAAUGAAAUCAGUGAAAAAGAUUCAAGUUUUGAUCCAAAAAUGCUUCUUUCUUGCACCGAUAAAUGGGAACCAUUUAAAACCAUAAUCAUCUCAGAAUCUUUCCAAAACUCUGCAGAAGCUAUGUCAGUGGAGAUUGAUAUCCUUUCAGCAUUGAUUAACAUCUCAUAUUCGGAUAUUCAAGAGUUUACAAUCACCGUAAUGAUGGAUACACUAGAGACAGUUAUAGAUCCGUUAUCACAACAAAAGGAAUUGGUGGAGGCUACCAAUUUGUCUGCUAUCCUUCAAGAUCAAGGUUUGAACAAAAUAAACACUCUGAAUGAAAGUGUUUUUAACGUCAUCUACAGUCGCACAAACUUCACUGAACACCAACUGGGAAUUUUAUAUGAAUGGACCUCAAACGAUUAUCUAUUUUCCUCCAUAUUUACUCUUGAAGAAGCAAAUGACGUAUGCAAAAUCAAUACGCUUAACUAUGUUCUUCUCGCCUUGGCACGCCUUACUGUAGGUCAGAAAGGAGAUAUUCCUUGUAAAUCUUUCGAAGUGCUGAGAGAAAUUUGGGAAAGGAAGUCUUUGAACUAUCUAGAAUCAAACCAUUCCACACAAGAACAAUUGUCAUUACACUCCUCGAUCUCUAUGUUGGUCAAUCAACUGACCGACGCGUCAUUUGCGAUAAACUACCGCGUGCUGAAUGUGUCAUCUGAAACUGAAAAACUUAUCUCGCAGUUAUCAAUAAACAAUAUCACGGCAGUCACAACAUAUUCAAGUUCAUACCUAAAAACCAAGUCUUUUCAAGAUAUCAUUGAAAUCAUUGUACAUCUGAAGCGUAAUGGCUCGUUCGAUCGUGAAGUGGUUAGUCAUUACAUAUUAACAUCAUUAAUAACAACAUCAUUAUUAUUCACUCCAUCACGUGUUUUAACAACAGAGGACAACUACCCAACAAGUACAAACAUUUCAACACGAACCUCCAAUGCAAUAGAAACAACAAUCUUGCCCAGACAGACAGGAACAACAACACUAGCCACAGCAAAUCUGAGCACGUCCUUCAUUUCAACUGCUAAAAGAAAGAUGCAGCCUACAUCAAAUUACAAUAUCUCGAAUACACACAAUUCACGUUUUCUAAAAUCUACACUGGACCAAGGCAACUUCUUUAAUAAUUCAGAAGAUACAACGAGCCUUACUUAUUCAAAAAUUUUUACAACAUCACACGUUACAAAUACAGUCAUGAGUCAUCCAAUUUCACCUUCAGUAAGGUUUGCGAGUAACGCUACUAUCAAAACAUUUCAAACAAGUAUUUCCAUUUUAAAAGAAUCAGUUUCUUUUUCGAAACCUUUGUCCCCAAAUUACUCUAGUGACACAACAGACAGUCAAACCAGUGUUGCUCAAAAUAGUUCGAAACAUCGUCCAACGGAAUAUAUGUCAACUACCCCAAUUGCCAUGAAUUUAUCUAGCAAACAUUUACCAAUAAAUAUCUCCAAAACAGUGACUGAAAACAGUGGUAAUAAAAAUGGAACUUCUUCAACAGACACUGUAGGUUUCAUGACAAAACAAACAAACAAAGUCAUUUCAUCCAAGUACAUUGCUACACGACUGUAUUCGGUUACAACAUCGAAGCUGUCGACGAAAAUAAAUGCAACAGUUUACCCUACCUCGAAUUAUGUUGCUGGAAGUAAAAUGUACACGAACACAUCACUGCUACACACGCUUGUACACAAAACAGUGACUGAAGACAGUGGUAAUAAAAAUCGAACUUCUUCAACAGAAACAGUAGGUUUCAUGACGAAACAAACAAACAAGGUCAUUUCAUCCAAGUACAUUGCUACAAACGUUACACGACUGUAUUCAGUAACAACAUCGAAGCUAUCGAUGACAAUAAAUGCAACAGUUUACCCCACCUCGAAUUAUGUUACUGGAAGUAAAAUGUACACGAACACAUCACUGCUACACACGCUUUUACACACAAAAGAACAUUCUUUAUCAAAAUUAUCAAAUAAAUCAAUUCAAAGUAACAUAAGUGUGAGACCAACGAUUGGCAAUGAAUCUCUAAAUUCGACCCGUUCCUCGACCCGUUCAACUCAAUCACUAAUAGCCGAAAAGACCACUUCAUUUAACACUGACUAUGUACAAAUGCUUAGCACUCACAAUCUACUCACAGGAACAAUACUAUCAUCCAAAACUGUCUCCCCAAUCACAACAUUUACAUCUAAACAAAACAAAACUACCACCAAAAGAGAGGAGGCAACUAUCGCUACGUCACGUAACACCAUUAUAUACACCAUGUCAGACAAAGUUAUGGAAACCAUUCAGUCUUCAUUAAGACCUAAAAUAAACUUCACAACAAAUACAAGUGACGCCAUGUAUACAACUGAGACCAAAGUGGAGGUCAGGACAACGCUGUCGUCUUCAGUAAUGACUGGAAUUGAUGCUUCUUCCAAGGACUUUUUAUCGGAGACAAAUUACAGCUCAGCCAAUAUGAUUUCUCUUGUUAUUCAGACACGUGGAAGAGAAAGUACCACGCUUUCCAGCGUACAAUCGAGCACACUUCUCGCAACACCCAUGUUACCUACUUCAACUCUUGUUAUUGCUGACAAAAUGUCACUCACAAAAUAUCCGUCAACAACAAGCAUGCUUCCAACCAGCACUGCAGUAAACCAAGUUGCAUACUCUUCAAACAUUCCGUCAUCAAUGAGUCAUUCACCUGCACCAAUUGAACCACGUAUCCAAAACUCCAGUCUGUACUUGUCAACCUCCGUUCUACCGGCAUCACCGACCGGCAUAUCGACAGCAUUAAUAUCCAGCAUAUCGCUCGUUAAACCAACUACAACAAAGACUGAAACAAUAACAUCCAGCAUUCAAAAACCAGGCUCAAAGUGUCAACCAGAAUGCAAAACUGGCGAAUGGUGCAUCUUAGAUAACCAGAAUACAGUCUCAAUGACAUGUAAAGAUGCAAAAAAUCUAGAAGGAAGAUUGAGGAUCACAAGUGGCGCUAACUUUACUGUACAGCUGACGGAUGAAACCUCGGAAGCUUUCAAGAAAUUCUCAAUUCAAAUUGAAAUACUGAUCGAUUCAAUCUGCAAACGUUCUCAAUACGAAUCUACGUUUCUGGGUUCUCAGGUCUUACGAUUUGAGUCAGGAAGCAUAAUUGUGCAUUACAAGCUAUCAUUUGAUAGCAAAUUAGACUUGUCAAGUUCUACUGUGGAGGAUAUCGAACAAGUGUUCAGAAAUGCCCAGGAUACUAAUUUUACAAUUGACAAUAGCAGCAUUGCUGUUGAAGAUUAUGACGAGUGUUCCACAGGAAAGGCAACGAAGUGUGAUGAAACAGCUACGUGUAACAACACGCUGGGAUCCUAUAUAUGUAUCUGUCCUAAAGGUUCAACUGGGGAUGGCACUUCAUGUCGAGUGGCCAAUACGAGAAAACCAAACGACAAGGAAGACGUACCGUGGAUAAUAUAUGUAGUUAUCGCAAUUAUGGUUGUAUUAAUUAUCUUCCUUAUUGUCGUGAUAAUCUACUGUGAGAAGAAACAUAAGAAGAAACAAAGGCCUCAAGUUUUAGAUUUUCACAAUGGUGGAAUCAACAUGUAUCCUCGAUCAACGUCAUAUCUUGCACAGACACCAGAAUCAGAAGCAGACCUUGCGGAUGGCCUUGGUAUUGUGAACAGACACGGCCCUCAACUCAACAUGGUCACAUUUAAUCCAACGCCUGAAGACAAGAAAGAAUUGGAAUUGCAGAAAGGCCAACCUGGGGUUUUCCACUACCGACUCUGAGCAGAACACAACAUUGAAAUCGUGGAUGCCUCAGGUUGCAUCACUUGCAUGGCAAAUUUUAAUCAUUUUUUUUCUCACAUUCUUUCAGAUGCUUCUUAGCUUUAAGCGGAUCGAACCAGCAUAAAGUUACUUGCAGGAAAAAUUAUAUGACAUAAUGCUAAUAGAUUUGUACUUGUGUAGGAGCAUAUAAAUUUCGAUUUAUAGAAAUCACUAAAUUAAGAAAACAUUUUUUAAAAAGAUUGAGCACUAGCUGUUGUGAACAGAUAAAACUUUAAAAGUAAUUCUUAUUUAAAAUUAAUACGAUAAAAAGGUUGUGAAUUGUUGAAGACAGCAAUAGCUAAAGCUAAAAGUACAUAAGGAGUUAGUAUAAAGAAACGUACAUCUCUAGCGCUGCAUGGUGCAAGAAUAUAAGAACAAAAACUCUGAAAAUUCAUGUUGUUUACCUGUUUACACUUGGUUAAGUUUUUAUCUUUUGUUAGAUACAAACGAAUGAAUGAAUAAAGGCCAGUUAAGACGGCAGAUUUUUCUAUGAUUUUAGGUGGGAUUUAAUUUCUUCUUUUGACAGAAAAAAAAACAAGUGAACAGUUAUAAAAGCUCAUAAUUAUAUGUAACUAAGUACUCUUAUUUCAACAUCCAUAACUCAUCCACUUGAUCACAUCAAUCAAAAGAUAAAAAAGUGUAAACAGAUCUUAUGUUAUUAUGUAAAUUAUGUUAUUUGCCAAAUUUGCACUAGUUUAAUUAAAUUGUCCUGCACAUGUCUAAGUACUGUGACGUCACAUGGAAAAGGUCUAUAUACAGUAUGUGCAACUGAAUAAGAGGGGAAUGGCUAGACUGUUUACGAGUUCCCCUGGGCUGUGUGUUCUACCAGAAAUAUUUCUAUAAGAUUAUUGAUCAUGUUAAUUGUUACAAUAUAUAGAAUAUAAAAAAAUUAA